AUGUUAGUCGCCUAUUGCUACGGACCACUCUUGGAUAGACCAAGUCGCUUGACGUACGAUCAAAUUUACAAUAGCACAACUUAUGCGCAAAUUCGUCACGCUUCGAGACCUGUGCAUGCCGAAGUACAUGUGCAAAGGACUAAGAAUCUUCUCGUUGGAGUCACCCAUGACCCCUUUAGGUAUUCCGUGCCUGAGGCAGAUUAUCACAAGGGGGUCAGGAUCGUCGAAACCCCACAAUCCUCAAACCGCACUGAUCGGGGUAAACGUGGUGUAUCUCAUCUAUACAAUAUGUUGACUUGUGCGACUGGAUGCAACCCUAUCGCCUAUAAGGGGUACGGCUGCUACUGCGGACUAGGAGGAUCUGGGAGACCUGCAGAUGGGAUUGACAACUGCUGCAGGCUUCACGACAAAUGCUACGAAAACAUCCAUUGUCCAUUCUACACAGUCUACUUCCAACCAUACUACUGGACAUGCUUCAACCAUGAACCCUUAUGCGCCUUAGAGAACUUCCAUAACGCAUAUAUAAAUGGCUGCGCAGGUCGACUCUGUGAGUGUGACCGACGGUUCGCCAUGUGUGUCCGACAGUACACGUGUCCAAUUGGCCGACCACUCUGCAAAUCUUCACCGUUUAGGUUGCUCCAGAAUAUUCUUAUCGUUCCUUAA